AUGAGACUCUAUGCACUUCAAAUUAUUCAUGACAGUCCAAUGAGUGGUCACAUGGGUCGUGAUCGAACAUGGGAAAGAGCUCGGAAGAGUUUCUGGGGGCCUCGCAUGAAGGCAGAUGUCCAUGCACAUGUCAGUAAAUGUGAAGCAUGUGGGAGUAACAAAAGAUCGAAGCAUCCAGGGAAGGCCCCUUUUCAGAACCGCAAGCUUCCGGAAUACAUGAAUGAACAGGUGCAAGUUGAUUUCAUGGGUCCGUUUCCCAUUUCAUCAUCACAUCCAUAUCGUUAUAUCCUUCAAAUGCAAGACAUUUUGACUCGCUAUGUUGUUUUGGUAUCUCUUGAGGAUUGUUCAGCAAAAAUAGCAGUGGAUACUCUAGUUGAAAGAUGGAUUUGCAUGUUUGGAGUGCCCCGUGUCAUAACGUCGGAAAGAGGAUCACAUUUUACGGCUGAUAACCUGUUUGGAAUUAAGCAGGAUUUUGGUUCUCCUUACCAUCCAAGAAAGACUAUAACAGACGAAGUAAAAAUAAGACAUUUUGACGAACUGGAGCAGGCCCCUGUAAGCAAAUAUUCAUGGGAAACCGCAUUGGCUGAUCAUUCAGAUGAAGAAGUCAUCAGAAUAGAGUCAGGGACUGGAAGUAAUUCAGAAGGAAUACGUCGUUCUACUCGGGAGCGCCAUCUUCCAAGUCGUUUGCAGGUGGAUCCCAGUAAAAGAUCCUAUGAAUCGGAAGAGGAGGAAUUCUGGGAUGAAUGUUCUAACAGCGAAAAUGAGUUAGAAGACGAUCAGAAUUGCUUAUAG